AUGGACAACCGCCAGUCCAACAUACCUGCUGCCUUUUGUAGUCAUCUCUUUAGGCUCUCAGGGCUGCCUGUCUCGGCGCGUCUCUCAGCCAUGGCCACCAAGUCGCUCUUUGUCGUUGCUAUAGAUUUUGGCACGUCUUACAGUGGCUACUGCUUUUUCCUUGCUUCAGGUACAGACCAGAUCCGCCAGGUGUUUUGGGGAAUGGAGCAUGGGCUGAAGACCGUGGAGACUCCCACCAGCAUCUUGUUCAACCAGAACAAGGUGUUCAGGAAGUUUGGCUACGAUGCUGUGAUGAAGUACAAGAGCCUGCCCUCCAGUGAAGCUGACAGCUGGUACUUCUUCCAGAACUUCAAGAUGAAGCUGUACAACACAGCAGGACUCAUCUCUAAUAUGCUUUCUGAGAAGCUGAUUAUUGCCCUGGAGCCAGAGGCUGCAUCACUCUGGUGCAAACAGCUUCCACAGGAAGGGUUUAUGGCAGACAGCAGUGACAAGAAGAAGUUUGAAGACUCCCCUGGGGUCCAAUAUAUUGUUGUUGACUGUGGAGGUGGCACAAUAGACAUCACGGUGCAUGAGAUUCAAGAAAACCGUUACCUGAAGGAGUUGCACAAGGCAACUGGAGGUGGGUGGGGAGGCAACAGAGUGGAUGAAAACUUCAUUGAUUUGCUCAAGGAGAUAUUCAGUGAUGGCGUGUGGGAUGAAUAUGUAAAGAAACACCCUACUGAAUUACAAAAUAUGAUGUACAACUUUGGUCUGCAGAAAUGCUCUUCUAGCAGGGAGGCAGUGUACCUACGUUGCUACUACAACUUGACCAGGAUGGCAGAGUGCAAGAAGGAAAUCUCCCACUUCUUCAAAAAAGCAAAAGGUGUUGAGUGGUGUGAUGGGAUGAUCAAGAUUACCUAUGAGAAAAUGAAGAGCUUUUUUGACUACAGUAUCAAAAAUAUCAUUUGUACUUUGAGGGAAAUUCUUGGCAAGCCCGAGAUGACUAAAGUCCAGUACAUUCUGCUUGUGGGAGGCUUUGCAUCUAGCAUCAUCUUGAGAGAUGCAAUCAGCGAGGCCUUUGGCAAGAAGCACCAUAUCCUUUGCCCACUGGAGGCCCAAGCAGCCAUUGCAAAAGGGGCUGUUUUAUUUGGUGUCAAUCCCAACAUUGUUACCUCCCGAGUCAGCGCUCGGACGUACGGUGUAAGAGUAGCUGAAAAUUUUGAUCCUACUAUCCAUGACCCCCGUAAAUGAAGGGUGUCAAAAGCUGAUGGCUAUGUUUAUCGCACAGAUCUCUUCCAGAAGUUGGUGGGAAUUGAGGAGUCAGUGGAUAUAAAUAAAGUCUCCUCCUAUACUUUCUAUCCAAUAGAACCAGAUCAGACAGCAGCACUUUUUUCUUUCUACUGUACAGAAAAGCAGGACGCUCAGUACAUAGAUGAGGAAGGGAUGGAAUUGCUUGGCUCCUGUACAGUGCCAAUGCCAGACACAAAGCUGGGGAGGAAACGCCAUCUGAAGAUGUGUGUUAAGUUUGGGCUCACUGAAUUUAAAGCCACAUGUACUGAUGUUACUUCCAAACAAAGUCGGGAAGUUGUAAUAGAUUUUUUAGCUGUGUAA